GCGCGGCUGCUGGAGGGAGCGGGGCGCUCAUGGCACUCUUGCGAGCGCUGCGGGACGGGAGCUGGCUCUGCCCUCGGGACUGCUGUCGCGACAGAGCGGCUGCCGCGACAUGAGGGUGCCCUGGAACCCCCCCCGCCCCGCUCCCUGUCACGACACGUGGGUGCCUGCAGCCCUCCUGCCCGUUUUCUCGGUGUGCCGGUGCUCGGGGACGCCCUGCCCGCUAUCGCCGCAUGGGGGAGCCCUGGGACGCCCUGCUCUCUGUCGCGACAUGGGCUGCUCAGGGACACCCCAUGAUAUAUGGGAGCCCUGGCACCCCCUGCUCUCUGUCGCGACAUGGGCUGUCCGGGGACGCCGCUAUAUUUUACACGGGGGUACCUGGAAACUUCCCGCACCCUGCCCUCUGUCCCGCUAUAUUCUGUCGCGGCACGCGGGCACCAGCGCCGCCGCCGGGCAGCGCUCCUGUCGCGACAGGCGCUCCGUGUGCCCGCAGUGGAACGAGCUGACGCGGUACUUCCGAGCGGGGAUGCCCGUGCGGCGGCACCGGCAGCGGCUGCGCUCGCACGGCAGCUGCUUCACGGCGGCCGAGGCCGCGGACUGGCUGCACCCCGUGCUGCGCGGCCACCGCAGCUUCGGGCCCGACGUGAGCCGCCAGCAGACCGUGCAGCUGCUGCGCAAGUUCCUCAAGAACCACAUCAUCGAGGACAUCAAGGGCAGGUGGGGAGACGAGAACCUGGAGGACAACGGCGCCCUGUACAGAUUUCCUCCAACAUCUCCAGUCAAACCUCUCCCAAGCCCACCAAGGGAGAACUUGGAAAACUUCUCUGGAGAAAAAGGAAAACUUUUUAAACUGCCCAGCUCAUCCAAGAAAGCUUUGAAAAAACUGGAGGUCCUGCAGUCUCUGGAAAACUUAGCAAGACCAAAAGCUGAUGUAACAGAAGAAAAGAAGAAGGACACCCUGCAAAGGAGGGAAAUAAGCCAGGAAGAUGUGCAAGAAACAUGGAGAAAUGUCAUCCAGAUCCAUUUACAGACCAUUCUGGGAGUGCCCUCGUUGGAGGAGGUUCUGCAGCCAGCCCAGAUCAUCCCUGAGUUUGUUGUGUACAACAUGAGCAACACCAGCAGACACGGGGUGGUGAUCCUGCAGGACAAAGCAGAAGACCUCCCUCACUGGGUGCUGUCAGCCAUGAAGUGCUUGGCCUACUGGCCCAGGAACAAUGACAUGAGCCAAGCCACCUACAGUGGCUUUGAGCGGGACGUGUUCAGAACAGUUGCUGAUUAUUUUCUCAGUCUUCCUGAGCCAUUGCUUACUUUUGAAUACUAUGAUCUCUUUGUUAAUAUCUUAGAUCUGCUGCAGCCUCACCUGGAAAGAGUUGCAGUGGAAGCUCUGCAGAUCUGCUGUUUGCUGCUGCCACCCCCGAGGCGCAGGAAGCUGCAGCUGCUGCUGAGGAUGAUGGGCAGGAUCAGUGGCAAUGUUGACAUGCCACGGCUGCACGAUGCCAUGGGCACCAGGUCCCUGCUGAUGCAGACGUUUUCCCGCUGUGUCCUGCGCUCUGCACAGGAGGAGGAUCUGGAUGAGCUCCUUUCCACACGCUUGCUCUCCUUCCUGAUGGACCAUCAGCAGGAAAUAUUCCAGCUCCCAACCUACCUGCAGGUGGCUGUGCAGGAUCACCUGGAGUACGUGAGGAGGGCUCAGUGCAAACAGGAAAAAGAAGAAAUUUGUGCCAUCUUGCCAACAUAUUCCUACUGCAAACAAAUCACUCCUCAGGAGUUUGAAGAACAAAAGGUCUCCACCUCACAGGCUGCAGUGGCAGAGCUCCUGGAGAACAUCAUCAAGGAUAAAAACCUCUCUGUGAAGGACAAAAAGAAAAAGUUAAAACAGUUCCAGAAGGAAUAUCCCCACAUCUACGGGCGCCGCUUCCCCAGCACCGAGUCGGAAGCGCUGCUCCUGGAGCACAAACCCACCAUCAAACAGCCCAUGCUGAGCCUCAGGAAAGCCAAAUUUCACAGCCUCAGGUGUGAUUCUCGAAACAGGAGUGAUGGAUAGUCCAUGAAGUGAAGACAGG